AUGCACUAAUCUAUAAAACUUAUCUGGUACUGUAUAUUUCUUCAAGUAUUUUCAUUUACUUUUUAACACUUUAAAAUUACAAAAAACAAUUAAAAAAUAAUUAAAAUAUUUUAAAUGGAAACAACAUUGGUGAUGUUGGGGUUUCAGAGAUAGGAUGAAUUUUCAUUUAUUAAAUACAUAAAACUUACAACAUUAGAGCUUUAUUUAAGUUAAAAUAACAUUGGGUAAGAAGGUGUUUCUAACUUAGGUUCUGCUUUAGUGAAUUUAACUAGCCUUACAUCCUUAAAUCUUAAUUUGAAGUAUAAUAGAAUUUAAGCUUAAGGUUUUUCUCUUUUAGGUAAAGCUUUAGCAAGGUGCUCUAAUCUCUAAAUUUUGAAAAUUUUUCUAUAGCACAACUUAAUAAGAGAUAGUGGAGCAUCUGAUUUGGUUUUUAAUUUAGUUAGCUGUAGUAAUAUCAAAUCUUAGUCUUUUACUGAGUUAAAAUAAUAUAAGUAUCUAAGAUGCUAAAAUGUUUGUUCAGCAUUAUUAAACUUUUCUAAACUAUCUUAUUUGGAGCUUGAUCCAAUGUAAUUUUUUGAAAUUGAUUUUUUACUUUUUCAUUAAAAAAAAAUUACUGUAAAAUAUUACAGCUUUUUAAUUGAUAAAUAACAUACUUAAUACUAAUAAUUAACCUGA